AACUGUUAUUUGGAUAUGCUUAAUCAUUUAAUAGUUUAAUAAAUAUGACGUAUAAUAUUCAUUAAGACAAAGAAAAUUUAAAAAAACUUAUGCAAAUAUCAGAGUACGAAACAGAUCCGGUAAAAAUGGUUUGGUCAUGUUAUGAGGCGAGAAGAAUCGGAGGCUGUAACAGUUAUAGAAAUGAAUGUUGAAGGAUGAAGAGGUAGAGGAAGACCAAAAAAGUAGACCAUUUUAUAGAUAUUUUAGAUUGUAAAUCAAUGUCAUAUUUAGCUUUAACAGAAUAUUCUUUAAAAUGAUUCGAACCAAGAAAAAUUAAAGGUAGAUGAACAUUUAAGUUUUCUGUAUUAAACGUAAGUAAAGUUACAUAAUUAUACCAACACAUUAAUAGAUACAUUAAAAAUUAGUAAUAUAUAUUUUAUUCUACGUAUCGUUUUGAUUAUUUAAAAUGUAUUAUAAUCAUUUUCUUGAGAUACUAAUUACACUUUUUUUGUAUUUACCUUCACAAAAUGAAUUUUGUAAAGUUGAUAAAUUAUCAACUGUUACUGAAAAUCAAAUAUAUUGUCUCAAUAAAAUAUUGGCGGAAGAAAAAACGUGGAGUUAUUUUUUAAACAUUACAGUUCAAAUGGACAAAAUAAAUUUUGACAUCCAUAAUUUGUUUAACAAUAUUGAAUAUAAAAAAUUUGAUUUGGAAGGAAAAAAAAUAUCAAAAGAACUUUUAUCAUCAAAAUAUCUUGCUGUGAACGAAAGCAACUUCAAAAUAAAAUUAUCUAUCGUUCAUCUUAUGGUUCAGUGUAAGUACUUUGAUAUAAUAAGAAAAUUCGUUGUUCUUGUUUUACAUUUGGGGAGUGAAUUUAAAAAUAAAAUGGGUGAUCUGAGUUUUAGAAAUGAUGACCAAACACUCGACUAUUCAGAUGAUUUAGAAGUAGAUAACAACACCGAUAUUUCUAAUGCCAAGUAUGAAUCGUGUAAUACCGAUACUAUUGAAUAUUUCAAUAAUUUAGAUCAUAUUAUAAACAAUGAAGAUAUAGAAAAUAUUGAUUUCAGCCUCUUUGAUACUAAAAAUUUAAUCACAGAGAAAAUUAAAAGUUUCAAAAAUAUGUUAGCCGAUAUGAUAAACGUUGUUCGGUCUUUGAACAUGCUAUUUAAAGAUGAAUUUUAUUCGCAACAAAUGUCAGAAUGUAUUCUAAAUGUGUUAUUAACGCAAUAUAAAACGGCACUAAUUAUUGAUGAACAUAUCAACAUUUCUAAGUUUAUGACUCAGAUUAAACAAAUUCGUAGAUCUACAUAUUCAUGUACGAAAAAUAUAUGUACUUACACCAGAAAUAAUAAUAUAAAUUUAAGACGUGAAUACAAUAAGAUAAUCAAGUAUAGACCUAACACAGACAUUUCAUCAUUUAUCUGUUCUAAAAUUGAAGCAUUAUUUAAGGAUACGAAGUUAUAUUUUACAACUCCUUUUUACAUAAUUUAAUUUUACUUGAUAUAUUUUUCAUUUUGUUCGUUUCAUUGUUGAAUUUUAAUUAAUAAUUAUUUUGCUCAAUUUAGUUAUACCUAUUCCCUUCAAUGUUUAAUUAUUUUAAACUUAUUAAUAAAAUGAAAAUGUAACAUAUUUUAAAAUCCAUAAAUCUAUAAAAAUAUUAAAUAAAAUUUAUUUUUGAAAAAU